AAAACACUCGAAAUCGGCAAAUGACGUGUCUAUGGGCUUGUACGGAGCGAGGUUGAGUCUAUGGCUUAUACCCUAGCGUUUCAGCAUGAAAUCAAUCGAGUACAGUACAAACUCACUCAUAUCUCACUACAACUGAGAUUAUUUACUUCAAUUGAGCCUGUUUUGGGUCGAUUCUCAAAGCGAAAGAGUAGAUUGCGCAAAACUAACCCGUGACAACAGGAACAAGACGCCUACGAACGAAGGUUACGCUUUUAGCACGGUAUCACGCGUGUAUCACCAGGUUAUUUCGAUCGUAAUAAGUAAAAAGGUGCGAGGAUGCUUUUUCAGAACGUUCGCCUUAAGACAGAGCGAUAUUGCUAUGGUAGGAUACGAAAUCGCCACGACAGAUACUGCAAUUGCCGCGAAGCACCUGUGUGCAAAGUGCCGCCUUAUUGUCAAAGACGCUGUACAGACUGCCUGUGGGCACCGGUACUGCUCUCCGUGCAUAAGUCCCCUAUUAAGCCGAGGUCCAAUACAAUGUGACGUUUGUGGCUCAACAAUAACCAAGCCGGAGACCUUCCGUGACAAAUUCGCCGAUCGUGAGAUACUGGAACUCCAUGUGCACUGUGUGAACCAGCCUCACGGCUGCCCCUGGGAGGGAGAACUGCGACACAGACAGAAUCACCACACCAAGUGCGAGUUUACUCCAAUAUCCUGUGUGCAUCCAGAGUGUGGCAAGAAACUGUCUGUGGCUAAGCUACCAGAGCAUCUACAGAACGAAUGUCAGUACAGAGAAGAGACUUGCUCGUAUUGUGAACAGCCCGUGGUGGUAGCACGCAUGAAGGAACACCACGAGAAGACGUGUCCUUCAUAUCCCGUCAACUGCCCGAAGUGCAGCAAAGAGCUAAUUCGAGUUGAGUUGGCAAGGCAUCUUGACCCUGCAAGUGUUAAUGCUUGUGAAAAGCUAAUCACAGAGUGUCCCUUCAGCAAAGUGGGAUGCCAAGAAGUGAAGGUAAUGAACAGCAAAGAGCGUAAGGUGCAUCUUGAGAAGGGCGUGGUGGGGCACACCAGCCUACUUCUAGCGCUAUUCAUGGAACUCUCGCGCUACAUUGAGGAGAGCCUUCCUCGCCUGGCGAUGGGCCAACCUGGUGACAGUGUCUCCAAACUGCAAGAAUUGUGCAAUAAAGCCAUCAUGGGAAUAGACAGUGUCGUCAAAGAACUCGCUGUUUUCAAAACAAAACAAGAGGACCACGAAAGCAGGAUAAAAAAGCUGGAGCAAAGAGGUGGUGGAAUCGGCGUCAACGGGCUGCAGUCACUGCGGAUUUCAGAAAACAUUGAUAACGAAGCUAUAGGAGAUGUGCUGCGGCGUGUGGCCAAUGUGGAAGCCAAGGGUGCGGAUCAUGAAGUACUGGUCGUCGAAGCGCACUCAGCCGUAGAUGAACUACGCAGGGAGGUGGGACGUCUAAAUGUCAAGCUACAGGAAUCCGAUGACAUCAUUCGUAGGCUUGAGCGGCAGCUAGAGUUACACGACCAGGGAACAGGACUACGCAAUCUUGCAAUCGCUGAUCUGGAAGAACGGCUAAACACCCUACAAGGCACAACGUUCGAUAGUGUUCUCUUGUGGAAGAUCACUAACGUCGCGAACAAACGCAGCGAGGCAACGUCAGGACGUGUGACCUCAUUCUACAGCCCUUGCUUUUUCACCGGUCCCCAUGGGUACAAGAUGUGCGCGCGCAUCUACCUGAAUGGGGACGGCAUGGGGCGUAACCAUCACGUGUCUUUGUUCUUUGUUAUCAUGCGCGGUGAGUUCGAUGCCCUGCUGCGCUGGCCCUUCAGACAAAAGGUAACGUUGAUGCUCCUGGACCAAGAUAAUGUGGAGCACGUGAUCGACGCGUUCCGCCCAGACCCUUCCAGCAGCUCGUUCCAGCGUCCUCGCGCCGAGAUGAACAUCGCGAGUGGCUGUCCGCUCUUCUGCUCCCACGAACAGCUUACGCAACACGCGUACAUUCGUGACGACACGAUGUUCCUUAAGAUCAUCGUGGACAAGCCAGACUGGGCAUGAAAAUGGUUAGGCUUGGCCUGCAAAAACGACCGCUUAUUCGUGCUCAUGUGUUACGGGCGUGGUGACGCGAACGUGCUCAUGUGAAGACGGGCCAGCGGAUGUUUUUGCAGGCUAAGCCGCGAUCGGCUGAACUAGAGUGAGUCCAACAUCAAUGUACGGCUAUUUAGUUAAAAAUGCUUUUAUCGAAAAAAGCUGAUUGUGGCUAGUUUAUUGGGACCCUGAGAAAUGAAGGAUUAUCAAACGUGGAAUCGAAAUAUCGAACGGAAACAAAGCCUUAGUAAGCCAAUUUGGUAACUGUAAAAUUAGGAUAUAUCAAAAUAGCACACCCCAAAAUAAAAAGCUUUGGAAAAGACUUACAGACCUUGCGAAUAUAACCUUAUGGCUAAUUUGCAACGGUGAAUACAAAAAACAUAUAACGGCUAAUUCUGUUUGUUGUGCGAUGUUGGAUUCUCUUGAGUUUUUGCUCGAUUUCGGUCAAAACCUGGAACUUUGAGAGUGUGAAGACAUGCGAACAAACUACAAACUGAGCAACAAAAAUCGCACAACUAUCACAAGCAAAGAAUGACCUAGUAAUGGGAUUGUACAGCAGAAGAUGAUAGGGGAACUCUUGAGAUUCAUCGUUACGGCGAAGCUGUGAAGCUAUUUUAUAGUGUUUCGAGAAAGCGGCUCGAAACGUCACCCAACAUUAAAAAUAGUUGAGAUUCGAUCCUGUUUAUGAGAUGUAUUUGAAGGAUUACAAUGACGACAUUUUAACAUCGAUGGAGUGUAUAGUGGUUACCAAGUCUUCAGAGCUUCUCGACAACACCUUACAUAAUACGUUACAAGUUACCAAAAAACAACAGCAAUAUUGCUACGGAGCGACUGGAGUCUUUAAUACCUCACACUAUGUUGGGCAUAGCACCAUUUCCGGCGUAAUACUUCAAACAUUCUUGCAUCUCCUUCUAAAAAGUGCAUCAGCUGAAAGACGAGGGGAACUAUGGUGUUGCAGUAUCAUAUCUCGAGAUAAAUAUUGAGACCAUUCGUGAAUUACUACUACCUGGUCCAGUCCCCAACGUGUAGUGUGUGUUGGCGGGCUCACCUAAACUGAUGAAUUUUUCAGUAUGCGUGAAUUUGGUAAUAGCAAGCGUACACAGCACCCAACAGAUGUCAGUGCACCAUCCUCAAUGUCACAUGUCGUGUUCCGGAUCAGUAGACUAAAAGGCCAUUUCUACCUAGACUGCUUGCGAAUCCCUUCUUCGGUAAGCGUCAGUAAAAACAAAAGAAGGAUAUCCCGUGUCGUGCACUCAGCUUUAGGUCUCAAAACACCAUCGGUUUGUUUACGCAUAAGUCAAUCGCUCUCCUCCAAACCCUCCACCCCACCCCCACUGUAGCGUGACAAACUGAAUGUUGCGCGCGCAACAUGGACAUGUUUUUCUGUGUGUUUUUUUUUUUUACUAAGGCUAAGUUCAAACGUCGUAUUAUCCACGAGCCGUAUUCAAUGCAAAUGAAGAUGAAACAAUCGACUCGAUUCGUUUGCAUGCAUUUGCUUUGAAUACGGAUGGAUAAUACGACGUUUGAACUUAGCCUGACGUCCGCCAAAGGUGGGGCUGCAAGCAGUCAAAUGAUCACUUGGCCAAAAGUUCACUUAUCCACCUGAAAAGUCCCAAGGGCUACCGUCAAUGCCAAUAGAGAGCUAGCAUACCCGGGUCAACUGUGGAUAGCUGACCAAGGACUAGAGGUGGCCGGGCGUGCAGGGACACGUUUUUGCUGCCAAAGGCUGGGAAGGCGCAGCUUGCCCCCUACGGGGGACCUGUGGCAGAUCUUCGCGAGACCUCUUGGAGAGCACAUGAUCGUCGUCACGCAGGGCGCCUAACCGUGGUCAUGGAGUCCAUCUAUGCCGGCGCCUCAGGUGUCACAGCAUGGCGGUCGAAUGAAUGUGUAGGCCUCUCGUAUCAAAACAUCUGCUGUGCUGAACACAGUUCUAGAAAUAGGUAUAAUUGGAAAACGAGUGAAUGAGUCAAGUUGCCAUCCUGACAAUAGGGUGUUCUAGUUCUACAGGACGUAGGCUCGGGCACUUUUGAUUCCACGCACACGCUGAAUUUUGCCGCCGUCGCGUCUUGAAGAGCGAAGGCUGAUCUAGAUCGCUCGACUUUAGCCUAUGACCGCUAGUAGUCCUGAAUUACAUACUACGACUCUCCGCUCACGACAUCUCAGAAACCGUAUGCGUGUUACUCAUUUGCAUUUUUGCCCUAAGCGUGCGCUGUUCGCGUGUGCAUGUGUGCGAGCUACUCACCGUGUACUUUUCUAUAACGUGUUCGCUCUCUGAACAAGGAAUGAGUUCGUUAUAAAAUCUAACACCUUAUAGCGAAAAUGAAAUAUCCUGAAUUUGACAUGGAAAAGAAUCAGCCCAACGAACCUGAGGCAAAUGAGCUUUUUGAUUUUUUUUAUUGAAACUGGUCAUAGCCACUUUCUUCUUUCAUUUCAUGAUAUUUUCGAUUUGCAUCCGCAAUCAGCAUUCCUUAUAUUUUGAAACUACUGUUAAAACGUUUAAAAAUCCUACGACUUUCCUUUUCGUAGCCGAGCGUGGUGGCGGAGUCGUGGACUUGAUUUUCACUCUACGACACGAGUUCUAGGACGCGGGCAAGUCACAAGACUAGAUCGUGCUGUCUAAAUCGGCCUUUAGAAAUAAAGAGCGUGCGAACAAUAUGGCCGCGCGGAGGAUCGAAACGAAGGAUAAGGACAAAGGCAAUAGAACAUCUCCCAUUUCUUCACCCGGCCGUACUCUUUUUGCAUCUAUCAGCGGCUUUCCCCGGGGUACGACCCCGAGGUACUUGCCCGAGGGAUUUACCCCAGGGGAUUUGUUUGGUAAGCGGUAUAUCGUACAACGCCUGGGCCUGGCUUCCCGCUUUUUGCGCUCUUCUGGAGAUCUUCGUCGUGUAGUGAUUCGAAGAAAUAACAUGCUCAUCUACCGGUGACCUGAUCUACUAAGAUUCCUUUAAAUUAUUUCUCGUGCAUUAAUAAACGAAGAAAUACAUUAUACCGUCCUCUAAGCGAUAAAUAACGGCCUUAGCAGUGAUCACACUGCGAAUGCUCUAUAUUUCUCCUAUUGUUCGGAUUCGCCAAGGAAACCCUUAAUGAAUUGAUCAAGGAAACCCUUCAUGAACUGAGUGAUUUGAUAAGUUUGUAAGGGCACUUUGACAAAUUCCCGGGGGUCGCACCCCGGGGGAAGCCGCUGAUAUAUGCAAUGAACGCUCUUUUCCGCUAAAACCCUACAAAACGAUUGCUAUACAGGCUCGCUUGCUAUUCUUGAUCUGUUGACACGACGGAGAGUUGAAAUCUAUAGUGCGCGAGCCGCUAUAUAUUCUAUAUUAGUUUGCUCAAUUAUUGACCUUGUUAGUCCGGGAAAUGAUAGUCAAGGCAUUGUAAGAGAGGUAAAUCAAGUUUAUUUUUAAAAAAAAAGGACUAUUAAGAUAUUGAAAUCCUACUGAGUGGUAUGGAUCAACCACAAAAAAAAAAAAAAAAAAAAAAAAUGAGUCAGCCGAGAUUCAUACAUUUCAAGAUUCAUUCAACGAGCUUAGCGAGCUUGUGGGUCUCGAAUAGACAGGCCAAGUUGUUGUAAGAGGGGUAAUUCAGCUUGUGGGUCUCGGAUAGAGAGGCCAAGUUGUUGUAAGAGGGGUAAUUCAGCUUGUGGAACCUUAGUUCAGGACAAUUUAGUAAGCUGAUUAAAUGAUGGUCAUAGAACCGGAUGUUUAGAUGAAUAUUGAUUGUAAAGCCAGUGUUAUAACAGGUAUAGAUCCUGCAGCUGAGUCUUUCAUUUCAUUAUUUCUUGAAAUUCCAUAUCUCCAAUAGAAAGAACAACUAUAGUACACUACAGCAACAGUAAAAUGACGUUAUAUCAAUACAAAAACAAUGGAGCAAACAAGCUAAAGUUUAGCUAACGAAAACAAUGCCAGUGCGAAUCAGCAACUAGGUUUUGUGUAAAGAUAUUAUCUAUAGUUAUAAUCGUUAAAUGAGCAUUUUUUCCAGAUUUGAGAAAUUUAGUGGAAACUUUAUGUAAAUGCUGUCCUGCUUUAUUACCAAUGCGUAUUAAAAUCCGCAAGAGACUC